UAAUGUUUAUCCUACUCUAUGCCUUCAUCCCUUUGCUCUUGCUUUUGACAGCCCGAGUGGAAAAGAUUCAGUGCCGAAAAUGUAUAGAUUUACAAACCAUUUAACAAAUCCCAAUUUAGUUCUCGUAAGAAAACAGAUAGGUGACGGAUCAUGCGCGGCACUGAUAGUGAUGAGAGCCCCUCGACGGAGGUAUGCGCUAGAUCAAGAUAAGCCAUCUACUAGACAGAAGCCCAAAUCUCGGAAACUUUUCUGGGGAACGGUCGGUGCUACUGUGUUAACUGGAGCAGCUGUUGUUUACGCUAAAUCAAGCCCUGAAACUCGUAAUUGGUUGGAGUCAAAUGCUCCCUGGGCAAAUGAUUUUGUAGCCCUCGUGUACCAGGAGAACACAACCUACUGGAAGUUCUCCCUUAACCAACUUAACAAAGCGACUACAUCUAUAAGCAACUUCUUAUUUGGAAAGGAAGGAGUAUCACCACUCGAUUUCAAACAAAGAUCGGAACAAGAUAUAGAAAAGGACGCAGUUAAAGAUUUCGCUAAAAAGACCUAUGAAUUACCACCUCCAACAUUUGAACCACUGUAUGUGGAAGAAAAGAAAAUUGAAACUCCCGAAGUUGAAACACCAGCUACCCUCGUUCAAACUGAGAAAUGUGAUCCUCAAAGUCCCAUUCCCAUAAAGAUUACUAAAGAUAUGGUGGAAUUAGAACACGAGAUGCAUGAAAACACCAAGAUCGCCAUCGAUAAUUAUAAAAAAGCUACGCAAUCUUGUGAAAGUUACAACAAAGCUCUAUACAAGAUUGUGGAGUCAUCACUGAAUGAUUUGGAUAGGAAACAUUUCUCUGCCGUUCAGAGCGCUCAAAAUGAACGCGACAACACUAUCAAGAAGGCUCAGGAAGCUGCUGCUAAAGCUAAAUUGGCUAUUGAUACUUUAGACCGUAUGAUAAAAGCCGGUGUCCAAGCUCCUCCGGAAAGUAUUGCAGCGACAACAAGAUACAUAAAGCAAUUUAGAUCAGACUUGAAUGAGGCUGAAACGGCUUACAAGGAAUGUUUGAACAAAGCCGUUUUGAGUGACAGGUAUUGGAAUAAGGUAGAAGCAGCCCGAAUGGCGUACAAAGAGGAAUUACAAAUGUUGUUCCCAGGAGUCGACCUCGGUGCCCGACAACUUGACAUACGCGGAGACACUGACCUUCUGCUUAUGUAUACUUUAAAACAGAUUCAAUUUCUACAAAAUGAAAUUGCUGAACUUCAGACGCUGAGAGAAUUGAAGAUCAACAGAGCAAUUGAAUGUCACGACGAAAAGGCUAUAAUCGAAGCGAAAGUCGAAGACAUGAUCAAGAGAGAAAGAUUAGAAAAGGAAAGAGAAUACCAAAAGAAGAGUUUGGAAAUACAAGCGGAGGCAAAUAGGGUACUUAGAGAACAACUGAAGAAACAGUUCGAGAUUCAGCAGGAAGUCUUACAAGACAAACUAGCUAAGAAAGAAAAGGAGGUUAUGGGUAAAUUCAGUCGCUCAGUGUCUGAGCAAGUAGAGAAGGAGCGAGUUUUGUUCAAGAAAGAACUCGGCGCUAUGGCUGGGAAACUGAAGGCCAUCGAACAAACUUUGAAAUCACGCUCCAAGGCGGAGGCGGAGGCGCGGCGCUCGGCGUCGCUGUGGGCCGCGGCCGAGGCGCUGCUCGCCGCCGCGCGCCGCGCCGGGCCGCGCGCCGCGCUGCGCGCCGAGCUGCAGGCGCUGCACAGCGCCGGCAAAGACGACAAACUAGUACAAACAGUAUUGAAGGGAAUCCCUCAAGAGGUACAGGAAAAUGGAAUACUUACCGAAAAGACUCUCAGAGAAAAAUUCGACGAGUUGGAAAAAACAGCAGUUAAAGUAGCUCUCAUCGGCAAGGAAGGCGCUUCUCUCCCGGUCUACUUUUUAUCUUGGUUGCAGUCGAAACUACUUUUCCAGAAGUUUGCCGAAAUACCCAAAGACGAGCUAGAAAACAAGCCGAUGGACUUUUCAAGUUUGGACACCUUUGACAUCAUUCAAAGAGCGAGGUACCAUAUGGACCACGGUAACUUAGCGAAUGCUCUCCGCUAUGUAAAUCUAUUACAAGGAGCCCCGAGGGCAGCUGCUAAGUCUUGGCUGGAUGCGGCGAGACGCCAUCUUGAGAUACGGCAAGCGGCGGAAGCAAUAAUGGCGCACGCUUCCGUUUCCGGUCUACUCUACCUUUAAGGAGCUACCUCUUAGUAGGAGAUCAAAUUAGUUCGAUAAAUUUGUUAGUCAAACUUCAUGUUUUCAUCAAAUGACAGACUUAAGUGUUUUCUUGUCACCGUAUAUAAAAUCAUAUUUGAGAACAAGGUUACACAAAAAGAAUGACAUGGAUUUUUUCACCCAAAACGUUAAACGAGUAUAUUAUUUAAUCAAUGCGUCAAACAGAAUUAAAUAACUACCUACAUACUAUCAAAAGUUUGAACAGAUAUGUGAAGUUUGACAAAUAGUUUGCUAAUUUAUAUGGCGCUAUAGAUGUAGUCCAUAAUAUUAUUGGUAUUUGAUUCCACGACCAUUAAAUAAAAAACAUAAUAAAGAAAAAAAAGCGAAAAAUUUAAAACGUAACUUUAUUUCAGUUGAAAACGAUGUCAAGUCGGUUGAUUCUGUUUCGUUCUUUUUAUAUGAUAAUAUUUUUUUACUGUCAAACAUGUUUCUCUUAUUUUGUAUUUAUUAUUAUAGUUGAAAAUUGUUUCAUUUGUAUGGAAUUUCAAUUAUAUUAUGUGUGUAUUGCAGUUGAAAUGUUUCCUCGAAAAUAUAUAUUAUUCAAAGAUAUACAUAUAAUUGUUAAUGUUAUCGUUUGUCAAAUGAUCAUCAGUCUUGUUUCAAAAGAGUAAGUACGAAAUUCCAUUGAUGUAAUAAAAGUAACAUUGUAUUGACUAACCUUUGUUGCAAUAAUAAAAAUCAAACUCUAUGUCAAAGAAAAUAAAGCAUAUUUUGCUUAAA